AUGUAUCAUUUCUUUUAUUUCCUCGUUCCUCACUAUCCUUCUCCAGUAUAUUUUCUUCAUGGUUUCUUUCUUAUACGUUUGCCAGUUUUUAGUUCAUAUUUAUUCUUUCAUAUUCUUGACCAUUUUCUUUUUUGGGUUUUAUAUUUUUACUUAAUCCUCAUAUCUUUGUUUAUGUUCUUCGUCUUUCGGGAGAUUUUGGUUUUCAUCUUUCUUUUUCUCCUCCUUUGCCUCUUCAUUUUUUUUCUCAAUUUCUUUUUCACUUCACCACAUCUUUUUUUCUUUACCUCUCUGUCUAUUUUCAACCCUUCUUCCCCACGUUAUACUCCUCAUCCUCAUCCUCCUCCUCAUCCUCCGUCUUCUUCUUCUAAUCCCCCACCUUCUUCUUCUUCUUCUUCUUCUUCUUCUUCUUCUUCUCUCUGUCUUAUAGUCCAACUCUUCUGCCACAACCUCUUCUUUUUGAUAGUUCAAUUUCUCUUCAUUUUUUUCUUCUUUUUCUUCUUCUUCUCCUUUGUAUCCCAGUGCCUCCCACUACUACUAAUUUUUCUUCUUCCUUCGACGUUGUCCUUUUACUUUGUCACGUUCCUCUUCUUGUCUCUCUUUGUCUCUCCUUAUAUUUCUUUUCUUUCCUCCUCUUCAUUUCGUUUUCCUUCUUCCUCCUUAUUUUAUCUUUUUGAUUCUUUCGUUUAUACCUUCCCUCCCCCUCACUCUCUCUCCUUCUCUUUCUAUCUCUCUCUCUCUCUUUCUCUCGUUCUUUCUUUCUUUCUUUUUCUCUCUGAACUUUCUCGCAUAAAUAUCUCUCUCUCUCCUUCUCUCCUUUUCCUUCUCUCUCUCCUUCUCUCUUUCCUUCUCUCUCUCUUUCUCCCUCUCUCCUUUUCCUUCUCUCUCUCCUUCUCUCUCUCUCUCUAA